CGGCUGUUAACUUUCCUAACGGCAGUACUAACUGCGGUUAACACUUAACCCUACGUCGUUACUUAGACCCAAAUUAAGACACUCUUACCCUUUCGCAUUCUACCCAGAAAUCGAUUUGGGAUCAGAAACCCUAAUUUCUCUAUUCUCUCAUUCUCUUUGAAAUCGAUGUCUUUGAAAUCGUGUUAAUCGAUGUGUCUAGGCGUUUGAUUACUUGCGGUUUGGUUAGAAUUUGAGUUCAAGGAGUUAGUUUGGUCGCAUCGUGAUGAGUGGUUUCGAUUGCUUGAAACUUAAUAUUAAGUUCGGAGGAGAUGUCUCCUUCAAGGAUGAGUGUUUCGCAUACAUCGGAGGAUUCGAGAAGAGGGAAAUGUUGAUGGAUCCAGACCUGAUGACGUGGUCGAUCUUCGAUGAUUUCCCUAAAGAGAAUGGAGUGUCUGGUGCCGUAGAAAAAGUUUGGUACAAACUUUCCCAUGAAGACGUAGAUUCAGUAAGAGCUAUCUCUGAGGACAGAGAUAGUGGGAUUAGGCAAUUGUGUAGUGAAGCUUUGAUUGGUGGUGAAGUAGAUAUCUACAUUCAGCAAGGUGUGUCUGAACCUACACCGUUUCCUAUGCCACAACCUGGUGAAGAGUGUGAUGCUGGUGAAGAGAGUGAUGUUGGAGAGCAUCAAGAGUCUGAUGCAGAGGGUGAAGCAAAUAAAACUGGUGAAGAAGACAGAGCACAAGAUGAUGGUGUAGAUCCAGUCGAAGAAUGUAUGGGAGAUGAUCCUCGGUUUAGUGCAUUUUAUGAAGAAAUUAAUGCUGCUCAUGAGGAUACUGACCAAGUUCCAGAAGAAGCUGUUGAUGAGGAUACUCACCAAGUUCCAGAAGAAGUUGAUGUUCAAGCUACUCAUCAAACUGAGGAAGGAGUUGCUGCGGGUCAAACUGAAGAAGAUGAAGAAGAUGAAGAAGAGUUAGAGAGACAAUGCAUGGAUGCUGAGCGACCUGACCCUGCUAUGGAUACAGAUGAAGAAUGGGAUGCUUUUGACCGUGAAGAAAGAGAGAUAUCAAGAGCAAAAUUCAGCAAGGAUAAGCCACCUUACUUGUGGUUAAAGCAGAUGUUUCACAAUGGAGAAGAGUUUAAGGAUCAACUUCUGAGGUAUGUCUUGAAGAUGAAUUACGAUGUGAAGCUAUGCAAAUGGGGUCAGUCACAGCUUAUGGCUAUAUGCAGUCAUGAGAAUUGUGAAUGGAAGAUCUAUUGUUCUGUGGACAAGAGGGUAGGGAAAUGGUCAGUUAAAACAUAUGUUGAUGCGCACCACCAUGCAAUCAGUGGAAAAGCUAGGAUGCUGAAACAAGGUGUGAUUGCCAGAUUAUUCAGAGAUGAAGCAAGAAGGAGACCAACCCUGAGUUGGACUGACAUUAAGGAUGAGAUAAUGAUGAGGUACACGAUUUCAGUGUCUAAGUGGAUAUGCCAAAAAGCCAGAAGAAUGGCGUUUAAUUUGGUUAUUGAAACACAGAGGCAACAAUUUGCAAAGCUGUGGGAUUAUGAAGGUGAGCUUCAGAGGUCUAAUAAGGAGACACACACAGAGAUUGUCACCAUCUCUCAAGCUAAUGGUAAGCAACAAUUUGACAAGUUCUAUAUAUGUUUUGAGAAGCUAAGAAGAACAUGGAAGAGUUGUUGUAGGCCAAUUAUUGGACUAGAUGGGGCUUUCCUUAAAUGGGAAUUGAAGGGUGAGAUUCUAGCAGCAGUUGGUAGGGAUGCGGAUAACAUGGAUGCAUUGAGAUCAUAUGAUCCAGAAGCUCAUGAGGAUCUGCUGAAAACUGAUCCAAGAACAUGGUGCAGAGCCUUCUUCAGUUGUCAGUCUAGCUGUGAGGAUGUUUCCAACAAUCUAUCUGAGAGCUUCAACAGAACCAUUAAGGAUGCAAGGAAGCUGCCAGUGGUAAAUAUGCUUGAGGAGGUCAGGAGAUCCUGCAUGAAGCGUAUAGCUAAGAUCUGUGACAAGACAAGUAAAUGUAAGACAAGGUUUCCACCAAAAAUAAUGCAGAUCCUUGAAGGCAACCGCAAGUCAGCUAAGUUUUGCCAAGUUCUUAAAAGUGGUGAGAACAGAUAUGAGGUGUUAGAGGGUAUUGGCAGUUACUCAGUGAAUCUCUUGACUAGAGAAUGUGCUUGUAGACAGUGGAAUCUCACAGGCAUUCCUUGUCCACAUGCUAUAUUUGUUAUCACAGAGAAGAACCGCGAUCCAGAAGACUAUGUUGAUAGACACCUUGCAACACAUGUCUGGAAAGCUACAUACAAAGACAACAUAGAACCUGUGAAUGGAGAAAGAUUGUGGAAGAGAACAGGCAAAGGAACAAUUGAAGUGCCGGAUAAGAGAAAGAAGCGAGGGAGACCAAAGAAGUUUGCUAGGGUUAAGGAGCCAACUGAAUCAUCAACUAAUCCCACAAAGCUAACAAGAGAAGGAAAAACAGUCACAUGUAGCAAUUGUAAGCAAGUUGGUCACAAUAAGGGAACCUGCAAAAACCCUACUGUACAAUCAGCUCCUCCACGCAAAAGGGGAAGACCAAGGAAGUCUCUAGAUGAUGAUGAUGAUCCAUGGAGCAUCCACAAUGCACCAAAGAGGUGGAAGAAUGCUCAAAGCCAGUCCACACCACCUGUUGCUCAAAGCCAAUCCACACCACCUGCUGCUCAGAGUCAACCUACACAAAAUCCGCGGCAUUCAAGUGCACCAGCAGCUAAUCCAAGUGGUAGAGGCCGUGCUCGUGGACGUCCUCCUGGAGUUAAAAAUGGUCAAGGCAAGGAUAAAGGCAAGGGUAAAGGAAAGGGCCGUGGUAAAGGAUCAGAUGAAGCUCCAAGACCUCCAGUCUUUUUUAUGUCACCUUGGACUGAUAAGGUCUUUGAUGUUUGGCGACCUGAGAAGAAGUAGGAUAAAUUUUAUGUUCUCUUUUGUGUUUUGAAUGACUUUGUAGGAUGAUAACUAUGUAGGAUUAGGUGUUUGGUUGAUCCUGAUUUGUUUUUGGUGGGAUCUAUACCUUUUCAAACUAAACGGCUCUUUUGGAUUAAUGAAACUAGGAUUAUGAUAUUUCAAACUAGA